CAAUCCCUAACCCAUGAACUUCUAUAUGCCGUGGGCGCAGCCAAAAAGAAAAGAAAAGUAAGCAAGAAUAAUUUAUGUUUUGGUAUCUUCCUUAGGGUCCCUGCAACACCAUUCUCUCCUCUUAACACACAGACACAGCAGGGGGACCGUACAAGAGACAAGUACCCCCAGAGGCCUCUGCAAAACAAGAAGAACCCUUUAAUCUCAAAGGAAACACUCAUCCCUGUUCCUUUCCAUUCCAAGCAUCCUCAGGUCCCUAGAACAUCAUGGCUCCUGAUGCUGCACACUCUGAUUGGCCAGCUCCAGCAGAGCUCAGAGGAGCCAUGGGGAACCUCACCACUGUCACCGAGUUUGUCCUGCUGGGGCUCUCGGAUGCCUGUGAACUGCAGAUGCUCAUCUUCCUGGGGCUCCUCCUGACCUACCUCCUCACUCUGCUGGGGAACCUCCUCAUCGUGGUCGUCACCCUCAUGGACAGGCGCCUCCACACCCCCAUGUACUACUUCCUCCGCAACUUUGCUGUCCUGGAGAUCUGGUUCACCUCCGUCAUCUUCCCCAAGAUGCUGACCAACAUCCUGACCAGACAUAAGACCAUCUCCCUAGCAGGCUGUUUCUUACAAAGUUUCCUCUAUUUCUCCCUGGGCACCACAGAGUUCUUUCUCCUGGCAGUGAUGUCCUUUGACAGGUAUGUGGCCAUAUGUAACCCCUUGCAUUAUGUCACCAUCAUGAGCAAAAGAGUCUGUGUCCAGUUAGUCCUUUAUUCAUGGAUGACAGGAUUCCUUCUUAUUAUUGUUCCAAGUUUCAUCACAAUUCGGCAGCCAUUCUGUGGCCCCAAUGUCAUUAAUCAUUUCUUCUGUGAUAACUUCCCGCUCCUGGAACUCAUAUGUGCAGACACAAGUCUGAUAGAGCUCCUGGGUUUUAUUAUGGCCAACGUCAGCUUACUGGGCACCCUGUUGGUGACGGCCACCUGCUAUGGCCACAUCCUCCACACCAUCCUGCACAUCCCCUUGGCCAAGGAGAGGCAGAGAGCCUUCUCAGCCUGCUCCUCCCACAUCAUUGUUGUGUCUCUCUUCUAUGGCAGCUGCAUCUUCAUGUAUGUCCGGUCAGGCAAGGGCCGCCAGGGGGAGGACAGGAACAAGGUGGUGGCCUUGCUCAACACUGUGGUGACCCCGGUGCUCAACCCUUUCAUCUACACCCUGAGGAACAAACAGGUGAAGCAGGUGUUUAGUGAGCAAGUGAACAGGCUUUUCUUAUAAUGCUGUGGACCCAAGUGG